UGCAUAUUUUGCGCUCUGGGUUAACAGAUUUGUAUUGCUUUGUAUGUAAACUCUCAUCUAGAGUACAUGUGCCAUUUACAAAUAAGUAGAGCGAAAGUAAUGACAAAUAGUAAGAGUUAGGAGAAUAACAGUAAAUAAAAAUGUGCAUUGCUAACUGGGCAGGGGUGCAACUUAAACAGGAAAUGACAUUGAUGCAAAUGAAAAUAACACCAUCACCUAUAGCAGGACAAGGUGCAAUGCAACCCUUAUACUCACCAAAAAGUACUAAGAAAGCCACAAAAGUAGUUGUUCUCAUAUCUUGGUCAUCUUUCUUGUAGAGCAGCGGUGAGUGGAGGAAGAGUUGGUCCUGUAGACCGUAGCCGUAGAGAGGAAGGAACACCUGGCAUUGCAUUUUGGACACACACUGCCUGGAUUGGUCAGAUCUCAUCUUCAUUAUGAUCAUCAUCAUCCCUCUGCUCCUGUUGGGCUCUCUGCUGCCAAACCUGAGCUUCACUGCCAGUGUCAAUGUGCGUAUAGUGAAUGGCAAUGAAACACAACCUCACUCCAGACCUUACAUGGUUUCUGUUCAGAAGUAUGGGGAACAUGUUUGUGGAGGAUUCCUCAUUUCUGAUCAGUUUGUUAUGACUGCUGCACACUGCAGAAAUAACACUGAGAUUCUAACAGUUGUGGCAGGUGCAAAUGACUUAAAAAGCAGCAGUGAAAACCAUGUCCACAUUAAUGUGAGUACAUAUAACAGACAUCCACAAUACAACCCUGAUCCUGGCCCACGGACACCUGGAAUAGCGGACCUGAUGGUUCUGAAGCUUGGUACAAAAAUCCAGCUAAACAACAACAUCAAGACGAUCCCCAUACCAACAACACCUGUUAAUAUUAGUGUGGGCACUGCUUGCAGUGUUGCAGGCUGGGGAAGAAUGACAAAUGGUCUUAAAAGUCCAACCCUCAGAGAGGCAAACGUGAAGAUUAUGAAUGACACAAUCUGUGCUCAAUGGGGACGGGAAUAUGUAGCUCCACAGAUGAUGUGUGUGUAUGGCCAUGGAGGAUCCUGUAAGGGGGAUUCAGGAGGUCCUUUGGUUUGUAACAACAUUGCGGUGGGCGUUACAGCCUUCGGAGUCAACAACAGCUGCAACGAUCCUUAUCUGCAUAAUGUUUAUACGAAAAUUUCUGCAUUUCUUCCAUGGAUCAAAAGCAUAUUAAAAACUUAAUGAAUUCUGCAUAUUAAAGGAUUUAAAUGCUUGCUUUAAUUUCUUUUAUCUUUCCAAACUGUCUUCUUUUAACAACUCAUAAAAAUUUACAACUGCACUAUACUCAUCACAAACUAUGCUCUAUGCAUUAUGUUUUUGUGGUCGUGCAUGUGUUUAAUGGUUGAAUUUCUGAUUUUCUCACAAACUGAUAUUAAAUAAAGCAUUGAGCAUCAAGCAUCAAUAAGUCAACAUGUCUUGUCAUCAAAUUUCAGCAAACACGGUUCAAUUUUACGUGGUAAAACUGAGAUAAUCAGUUAAAACUAGAUUGCAGUUUUAUUAUCAUUUCCUAAAAUAAGAACAACAUCCUUUCAACUUUCAUUCCAACAUGUCAAAAAUUUGAAAUUUUUAUUAAAAAGUGAUUUGAAAGAAGCAAUUCCACUGUUUUUGCAUAUAGACCAGUUCAAAUGAUGUAAACAACACUGGUCCAGAAACACUUCCUGUUACAGUUUGUGACAGUUAUUUUUUUAUUUUACAUAUAUUAUUAUCUUUAAGAUGUUUGUUUAACUUCAGUUAAUUCAGGUUUAUAUGUUCUGUUGGUUUAUUUUAUCCCAACGCUUAUCUAGUGUUAAAAAACGGAAACAGGAAGUACUUCUGGACCAGUGUUGUUUACAUCUUUUGAACUGGUCUAUAUAAAAUAUUAUUAUUUGAAAUAAGGAUGUAUCAAUUCAAUAUCUGCGAUUCCUUAAGCUCACCACAAGGGGUCGUCUUUACCCCGGGACUUUAUCACACCUGGAUGUUGAUCUCAACACUGUAAAUACAAUCAGCAAUGGUCUUGCCAGUAUUUUAAACAAUCCUAUAUAUAUAGAUUAUUUUAUGCUGGCCUUUUUAUAUAUCUUUAUUUUAUUGGGGUACCCAUAUACUUUGGAUACGCUUCAAACACACAGAUUGUUCAAACAU